AUAAAUGGUUUUUUUAUCAGUAUAUGUAGUACUAUAUAUUGAUAUGCUAGUUGUAAGUUAGUGAUGUAAAUAUUAAAAACAAUAUUUUUAUUUGAAUCAAGUUCUCAUUUUUAAGUUGUGGUAGAUCUACAAGACCUACAGUAAUUUCUCGGAAAACAAAAAUGUCCAUCCAAUUGACCAGUUUAGUGAUUUUGGCAGCAAUAGCCACCGAUAUUGUAUUCAGUGCCCCAGCAAUUCCGGACACUAAUACUUUGGCAAAUGAUGAUUGCAGUUUGAUAUCAAAACUCAUAGAUAGCAAAUACCCACUGACCGACCCAACAGUAUUGCCCGAUGGCAGUGUUAAGUUCCGCAUAGCUAUUAUCAGUGACUUAGAUGCCAACUCGGUAAGCCAAGAAAAGGCUUUAACGUGGGUCAGUUAUUUUAAAAAGGGGUAUUUGACUUAUAAUAAAUUAGCCCCCAAAAAUAUCUCGAUUGAAUGGGAUGCCACAAAUAACGGUGAAGAAUUCAAGUCGAAUUUGGCGACGAGUGGUCGUGGUUUAGAGCUAUCUGAAUUGGUUACCUAUAAUGGUAAUCUAAUAACACUUGAUGAUAAAACUGGUUUGGUUUAUAUAAUCGAUGAAAACUCUUUGAUACCUUGGGUAUUGGUUGUUGAUGGCAAUGGAAAAAAAACAAAAGGAAUGAAGAACGAAUGGGCCACAGUCAAGGACUCGAAAAUCUACGUGGGCUCCCAUGGCAGGGAAUUGUUAGCGAAGGAUGGACAGACAAUCUCUGAUCGUGGAUUAAUGUGGGUGAAAACCAUCGACAAGUCUGGUAGUGUACAGCACUUGAACUGGACGGAAAACUUCGUCAAAGUCCGGGCGGCCAUCGAUAUACACUUCCCGGGGUACAUGACCCACGAGGCAGUUGAGUGGAGUGACGUCCAUCACCGUUGGUUCUUCUUGCCAAGAAAAGCUUCAGUGGAUCUAUACGAACCGACGGCUGACGAACGGAAGGCAACGAAUGUCCUGUUGUCCGCCACGGCGAAUUUCGAUGACAUUAAGGUGGUACGUAUUGGCGAAAUAGUACCUAACCACGGUUACGCUAGUUUUAAAUUUAUCCCCGGAACAAAUCACAGCGUGAUUACUGCUAUCAGUACACAAGAAGAAGGAGACAUUACUGCUACGUUUAUAACCGCGUUUACCGUCGAUGGAGAAAUUCUUUUACCGGAAACCAAAGUUUCUGAUCUUAAAUUUGAAGGAUUCGAAUUUAUAUAAAUAAUCAAUCACAUUUUUUUUCACAGUUUAUAUACGAAAUAAACGCAUAAUAUUAACUAUAAAUAUUUAAUACCUGUUGUAAAAAUGCCAUAAUAAAGUAGCCUUAUUGUAUUAA